AUGCUUCCGAGUGAGUUGUUGGUACAGAUUGUUUCGGUUGGAAAAAGAGAAGUUGAGGGAGACAAGGGGGAAGAAGUGGGAGUUGAAACAAAUCUAACGCCCAAACAAUCAAAAAGAACAAGUUUAGGUGAUUGUGCUAAAGUCAAGUUAGAAAUGGGAUUAUUGGAACAUUUUAAUUCCACUAAAUUUGAU